AGAAACAUAAAUAUUUAACCAGUUUGAAGUGUCUGUUGGUUUUACUGAAUAUAUUUAACAUAUUAGCCUCAGGCCCCAAAUGCUUACUCACUGUGGACACGCCGCAACUCGUCAAACAGUCGUACGUCUUCACAACUUUUUCACUGCCUCCAGUCUCCCAGGAACACAUUCAACCACAAACAACAAUGUGAGGAUACUUCGCACAGGAUAGUCAGGAUAAUAGCACCCAUACAGUGUGAGUUACUUCAUGAACUAUAUGUUUUUUAGGGUUUGGGGGUUUUUUGGGGGGAUAUUUGUGAACGGCUGUUUUACCAGAAAAUAGCAGAAAGGAAUUUAUUGCCGAAGAGGUGUUCUCAGCAUCAAGAUGGCCAGCGUUGACAACAACAAGACCAACCAAACCAAUUUCACUGCCAACUACUGUCACUUCAAUGAUGAUUUUAAAUAUAUCCUCCUCCCUGUCAGCUACACCCUGGUGUUUGUGAUUGGCCUGGCGCUGAACGCCACGGCGUUGUAUGUGAUUGUGUUCCGCACCAAGCGCUGGAAGCCCUCGACCAUUUACAUGUUCAACCUGACAGUGUGUGACACCCUGUACAUCUUCACGCUGCCAUUCCUCAUCUACUACUACGCCGACAAGAACGACUGGCCGUUCAGCGAACUGUUCUGCAAGCUUAUACGCUUCCUGUUUUAUGCCAAUUUAUACGGUUCCAUCCUGUUCCUGUCCUGCAUCAGCCUGCAUCGGUUCGUUGGUAUCUGCUAUCCAGUCCGCUCCCUCAACUGGGUCAGCGCCCGCCAGGCCAGGCUGGUGUCUCUGGCAGUGUGGGCCUGUGUGUUAUUCUGCCAGGCUCCUGUUCUCUACUUUUCAAGAACUAGGGAUGUAAACACCGAGCGAAUCUGCCAUGACACCACCAGCCCAGAGCUUUUCGAUGACUUCCUGGUGUACAGCUCAGUCAUAUCAGUGCUCAUGUUCGCCUUGCCCUUCAUGGUGGUGAUGGUGUGCAACGGCCUGAUGGUGAGAAAGCUUCUAGAUACUGGCUGGGGGUCUGGAGCAAGAACUGAAGAGGAAAGAGGAGGCUUAACAGCCCAAAGGUCCAAACAGAAGUCAGUAAAGAUGAUCAUCAUCGUGCUGGCAGCGUUCAUGCUGUGUUUCCUCCCUUUCCACCUCACCAGGAGUCUUUACUACUUUUUUAGAUACCUGAGGCAGGUCAAUCCAGCACAGAUCAGCUGCAGCUUGGUGGAAGCCUCCAGUGUGGCCUACAAGAUUACACGACCUUUGGCCAGUGCCAACAGCUGCGUGGACCCCAUCCUUUACUUCCUAGCAGGGCAGGAUGCCCGCAGCAAUCUCACUAAGAAGCGCAAACUGCCGCCACCAAAAGCAAACAGUGGAAUCCAAACCUUGACAGUAGAACGCUAACACCUGAGACUGUUUUGGUGAAA